GACACGAACUAUUGGACCGUAAUCUGAAGCGCUAAACAGCCUUUUUCUUUCGUUGAACGUUCGGCUUGAACCCUGUAUAUUUCUAUUCAACUGUGGCCCGUUUGAGAAUCUUAUUCCGAGAAAGAAACCCCUCUCGCGAAACCCUAACUCUGCAUUGCUGGGUGAUAAUCGCAUUAAAUCGCGAUGAGUAUUUUGGGCAGGAUGGGAAUAACGAGGAAGAACAAUUCAACAUAGUGCCAUUGUCUGGGCUGAUAAUGAGUGUUAAAAACAACACCCAGGUGUUAAUUAACUGCCGAAACAAUGAGAAGCUUCUUGGCCAUGUGAGGGCAUUUGAUCGGCAAUGCAACAUGGUUAUAGAUAAUGUACCAAAAACUGGCAAAGGCAAGAAGAAAGCUCUUCCAGUGAACAAAGAUAGGUUCAUCACUAAGUUGUUCCUGAGAGGAGACUCUUCUAUCAUUGGUCUUAGAAAUCCAAAGUGAGAAGUUGAUGAUGAGUUAUUCUAUGAUGUCUGAAACAAGUUUCUUUCUGUCAUAACUUCUGUUUAAGGCGUACUAUGUCCAAGAACCAUGGUGAAAUUAGUUAGCCAAACCAAUCUUUAGUCAGCAGCUCUGAGUAUUGGGUUUAGAAGUCUAACAUGGCUGCUAUAAUGUCUCAUACAAAAUAUACCCUGAAGCCCAAUGGGUGAUUCCUAUCUUUCAAACUCCAGAGUAUAGACUACUACUUCCUGAAGGUCCUAAAAGAGGCGAAGUGCUAUGAGGCCAUUUCUUAACUAGGUUGGGCCAUUAGUACCAGGACAAUUUUUGGGCGAAAAGCGAAUCUUAAGCUACUAGUUUUUGUCCGAAACUAAAACCAUCUCUUUGGUGAACUCUAGUUUUAGACUAAGUGAAGCACCCAUUCAGAUUCACAUGAACUCAAGGAGGGGAAGGAAGUUGAGG